AGUAGUGAGGGAGGUGCAACAGGGUUUAAAAGCAAAGGUGUUUCUCUGAAAAUCAACAUUUCCGCCUGGCUCUUCAUCAUUGGCGAGGGACUCUCAAUGCUAUCCGGCCGAACGAGAAGGUACAAAAUGAAGUAUGUUUCUGGAUUCCUUUCAAUCAUUAUUGCUUUGUUCUUCUCCUCAACAGGGGCUGAAGAUGUGGUGGUGUAUGGUCAGGUGGGAGGGACGGUCACACUCCCCAUAUUGAAGUGGGGUUCAGAAAGGGUGUCGGUACAAUGGUACUUUGAGAUGAACACCCAAUCUAUAAUAUCCCGCAACUACCAGGGUCGAGAGACGAAAGCUCCACAGUGGGAAGACAGGCUGUCUCUGUCCAAGACGGACUUCUCCCUGAUCAUCAACAACAUCAGACUGGAGGACUUCAACUCCUUCAGAUGUGAACUGAAAGAUUUCAGGCCACCACCAAUUACCUCAGUCACCAUAUUCAGACUGACCCAUGUGAGUGUACAGCCAGUCUCUCCCCUGUUGGCUGGGAAUAAUCUUAAUCUGAAGUGUGACAUAAAAGAUAUAGUUGAGGGGACACAGAGAAGAUGGCUUAAUCCCCAGAAACAGGACCUGAACGAGGACAAGCGUGUCCAGAUCGGAGAUGACAGCAGCCUGACAGUAAUGAAGGUCACUGGCCAAGACCAUGGAGAGUGGACCUGUGUGGUGACAUACAAGGGCAGGGAAGCCUAUGCCAACACCCUUGUUACUGUAAUAGACCUCUCCCCUGCUCAUCCACAGCCUAUCUACACCUCUGUCUCCCCCCUCUCUCUUCUCCAUUUGCCAUGUUUCUUUUCCAUUCCUCUUCCUCUAUCCUGGUCAGACAGCCAGGAAAAGGGCAUCCAGGGAGGCCGCUGGACCUUUACCCCAAGCCCAGCGGCAGGCUCCCUCACUGGGGUUGUCCAGACCCUCGUCAACCUCUCCCUGGGGCCUCCAUUAGCCUGGGUGGUCAAUCAGAAGAGAAGGCUGGAUGUCUCAGCCCUGCAGACGAAUAAUCGAAAGCUCUCCCUGUCAAAGAAAGGGGUGACGGUGGGGGACAGGGGCAAGUACACCUGCGUUGUGGAGUUCCAGAGGGACGACACCCUGAAGAGAGAAAUGCGUGUGGAGGUGCUACAGUUGUUAACCUCUCCAGUUUCAGUGGCCUUUGUAGGUCAGGAGGUCAACCUCACGUGUACCCUGGGCCAGCCUCUGACCUCUGACCUGGAAGUGAAAUGGAUCCCACCACAUCACUCAUCCCUCCUCCCUUUAGGCUCCUCCCCCCACCCAACCCUUCUCACCAUCCCCGAAGCGACGUAUGGAGAUGGUGGGUGGUGGAGGUGUGAAUUGUGGAGGAACAAAACCAAGCUAACGUCAGUGGAGAUCACACUGAAGAUCGAGCGAGUCCCCAUGGACGUGUGGCUGUUGGUCACCAUCUGUGCCGCAGCCGUCAUCUUCGUCCUCCUCCUCAUCCUCACUGUCAUCCUCAUCCGACGCCACAGACAGAUACAGUUUGCAGGUGAUGAUGCCCAGACGUGGCAAACGCAGAUUCUGCAACUGCAAAGACCCCAAACCAGAAGGAUUCUACAGAAACUAGUGAUAUCGUACAGAUCGGAAUCCCUGUCAAUGGACAAUGUGUCUACUAUUUUGUCUUAGCUAUUCUAUUCUGAUAAAAAAGAAAAACCAAAAGGACAAAAGAAGCAAGAAAGAAGAGGUUUUCAUGUGAUAUUUGAUAAUAGAUUUCACAAGUGUAUAUUGUCAUGCUUUAUGACCUAUGAUUGAGCUACAAUUGAACAAAUACUGUAUAUAAAUAUGUAUAGCUACUGUCACUUUUGUAUAACUGUACACUGAGCUUACAAAACAUUAAGAACACGUGCUCUUUCCAUGACAUAGACUGACCAGGUGAAUCCAGGUGAAAGCUAUGAUCCCUUAUUGAUGUCACUUGUUAAAUCCACAAUGGGUUGUGUACGUGUGCCAUUCAGAUGCUAAAUGGGCAAGACACAAAAUGUGAGUGUCUUUGAACGGGGUACUGGUAGUAAGUGCCAGGCGCACCGGUUUGUGUCAAGAACUGCAACACUCCUGGGUUUUUCACGGUCAACAGUUUCCUGUGUGUAUCGCAGUGGAGGCUCCUCAGAGGAGGAAGGAGAGGACCAUCCUCCUGAGUAUAUAUUGAAACAUAAUUUUAAAAAAUUAUUUUUAGAUAAAACUAUACUAAAUAUAUUCAUGUCAAUAAAUAGUUGAUUAAAACACACUGUUCUGAAAGGAAGGUCUACAGUAGCCUCAGAAGCACUCUGUAGGUUAGCACCAUGGUGUAGCCGGAGGACAGCUAGCUUCUGUCUUCCUAGCUUUGUUUUUUUUUUCUGGUCACAGACAGCUGAUGUGUUGUGCACUGAAGUCCACAAGCAAAGGGGAGGAGAGCGCGUAGAUAGUCCGAGAAGGAGUUAUAUAUAUACAACGCGCAGAGUGAUCAUGCUGUUUUUAUGUGGCUGCUAUGAAAGUGAACUGUGUUUGCGUGUGAUCAGGGGAGUAUUCAUUCCGUUGAUUCUGUUGAAAAACGUUUCUUAAAUGAAAGCAAACAGAACGAAACGGGGAUAAACAUACUUGAAUUCGUCCAAUAGAAACUCUAAUUUGCAACUGUUGGACUAAUGAUUACACCUUAGAUCAGCUAGAUGCAGGCAAGAGUGUGCAAGGCAGUAUUGAAUGUGCCACUGUCUGUCACCUUGAUUAACAAAAAUGAUCUCGAGCUGUUGUAGCAACCUCAUGAUGGGUACAGGAAAAAUUUGAUGUUACUGUACAUUGAACUGGGUGAAUGGAAUAUGAAUGACAGUCAUCCAAUAUGCUGUAAUAGAAAUUAGGCCAUGUUCAUAAAAAAGAAUCAUCCUCCCUCAUCUUAAACGGCACCGACCGCCACUGAUAUCAAGAAUGGUCCACCACCCAAAGGACAUCCAGCCAAACUGUUGGAAUCAUUGGAGUCAACAUGGGCCAGCAUCCCUGUGGAGCGCUUUUCGACACCUUGUAGAGUCCAUGUCACGACAAGUUGAGGCUGUUCUGACGGGGUGCAACUCAAUACUAGGAAGGCGUUCCAAACUUUUUGGUAUACUCAGUGGAUAUUGCAUAGCGCUUUGUUUUAGAGUCCAUUAUUUACCGAAUAUUUUAUUAAGAGAAUGGGAUAGCAUCUUAAUAUUAUAGUUUCUUACGGUUUCAGGUGGUGUGAGCAGACUGCUCCGUGAUCAGGCUCGUUCCAAAGUUCUGCUGAAUUGUUUGAAUUAGUAACAGAGAAAAUACAGGGGUUAUUGUUGUUGUGUUAUAGGACUGUAAGAAAAAAAUGUUCGAUUGUGUUUAAAUGAUUGAAUUAAACAAGAGUAAAAAACAA